UUCCCAUUUUCAGAAGCUCUGCCAUGAAAAUGGGGUUAAUCACCAAGUUCAUGCUUGCCCUAUGCUUCAUCGGCUUAACCCUAGCCUCCGUCUCCCUAGCCCGUGUCGCCCGACCCGGAAACAAUGACCGGCAAGCUUUCCUCGACGGACACAAUAAAGCUCGUGCCGAGGUUGGCCAUGGCGUCCGUCCACUUAUAUGGAAUGUUUCCCUUGCAGCCUAUGCUCAAGCAUAUGCUAAAAAGAGGAUCCCAGACUGCAAGAUGGUGGAAUCGGAUCCGGAUGGACCCUUGGGAGAAUGUCUUGCUGAAGGUUAUGAUGAGUUGAGCGCAGCUGAUGCAGUGAAGGCGUGGGUGGCUGAGAAGCCAUACUAUGACCAUGCAUCCAACAAAUGUGUUGGUGGUGAGUGCGGCCACUACACCCAGAUUGUUUGGCGUGACACCAAGUAUCUUGGGUGUGCCAGGGCCAAGUGCAGAAAUGGCUGGAUGUUUGUCACUUGCAACUAUUUUCCUUCAGGAAAUUAUUACGGCGAAAGCCCAUACUAAUUAAUUAUUAAUUAAAUGCAUGGUUUUACUGAUUAAUUCGUAGCUUUUAAAGGCAGGGGGAAAAGCACAUAAACAAUAAAUAAAUAAAAGAGCUCUUUUGUUUUUUUGUUAGUAAUGAAAGAGCUUUUACUCAUAUGUACAAGCAUCGAUCUUUGGCAUGCAUGUACAAAUUUUUCACCUCUCAGGCCAUCUUAAUCUGGCAUUUUUGUUUUCAUUACUUUCUUUGUAAUUGAAGACUCGUUGCUGCUUUUGUCUCCAUACCUCAUA